AACAGAAAAAUUAUAUUACUUAAGUUCCGGCCCGAAUUCUACUGAAUUCAUUGCUUCUGAGGAGCCAAACAGAAACGAUGAUGUUCUCUUUUAAGGUUAAUUAUUACACAUUGGCUUAAAACAAACGUUUGGUAUCUUAAUCAUAGUUAUAAUACUUUGAUGAAAGAGAGCAAUUUUAACUCGGCGGCAAUCAUAUGAUUGAGGACCGCAUUUCUUAUAUUUAUCAGCUCUAGUGUUACGUGUAUAUAUAUAUAUAACUAAUUUUUCAUACGACUUUUUGAUUACUGAACUGUUUUUUUUUAGAUAAAGGAGAAGUAACACACACUAACAGAUACUUGUUUGACAGAAGAUAUAUAUAAAACCGCAGCUACUUGAAGAUUACUAAGCCAAUUUGGUAAGGCUAUCUUCGCAAGUUAACUACACUAGAUAAGCAGAUCAAAGGUAUCAUUCCACAAAAGCUGAGAGAAGCUAAAAAACCUCAGAUAUUCUGAUACAACUUUUAAGUUGUACUUAACAUUUUUUUCUUGACAUUCCAACUAGCAUCCUGUCGAGCUGCUAUGAAGUUUUCUCGCGAAGUUUCAGGCGGGCCAUUAGACAGUGCAUGACAUUUAUUAUAAAUUUUAUUUUUACUCAUUAGGUAGGUAUACAGUUUUUCAAAGUUAGCUGUAACUAGGCGGGAAUUAAACAUGUACUUAUGGUGUCUUACCCUCAAUAUUUGCAGAUUAAAUGCAAGUAAAAGGUAUGUUGUGGAUAUUCCAAAAUUUAAGAUUCCUCCUCUUCGCCUCAGCCAUGGAGUUUGUCACAGCUGACGAUCAAUGUAGGAACAAUGUAUACAUAGAAGGGAUGGCUCUCAGGUGUUCGGUCUUCAAAAGAUGGUCAGUAGCGGCUCCUCACCUCUGCGAUGUCAAAUGCGGACAAGAGAUCACCUGCCAAAGCUAUAACUACAAUCAAAAAUACCAAAUAUGUGAACUAAAUAACCGCACCAAGGAGGCGAGACCAGAGAAUUUCCUUUCAGCUCCCGCGUGGUUUUACAUCCGGCGAUUGAACGACAGAGGUAAGAAAGUGAUUCUAAGUGAUUCGUAUUUCUUUAAAUCUUCUCCAUCCUCAGCCUGAUUCCUUCUCACCCGGAAGAACUAAGAAAAGGAAGUGAACGUAAAACAUAUCUUUACUUCAGCUCCAUUAGGUUCUAUCCCUGAAUUACCAGCGCUGUCUUGUCGGGAAAUAAAGGAUAGUGAAGGUAAACACACCAUAAGCGGCAAGUAUUGGCUCGAUCCAACUGGGAAAGGAAAGGCAAAACUGAUUUACUGUAAUAUGGUUAACGAAGGUAGGUCCUAUGAGUUUGAAUGAGUUAUUUUAUUUUGUAACGAGUUAUAGGUAUCAUGAAAUUAUUAUAAAUUAUACUAUUAUUGAUAUCAUCAUCGUAAUAUUUGGUUUGGAUCAGUUCUAUGGAGGAUGUCUCUCUCAAGUUGCUCUAACUUAGUCACUGCUUCUCUUUCCACAUUCUAGAUAUGGACGAAUGUAAAUUUAACAUCAGCGACUGCGACGUGAAUGCAAACUGUACUAACACGUAUGGUUCUUACAAAUGCACAUGUAAAGUGGGAUACACUGGCGAUGGACACUCAUGUUCAGGUAAUUUUGAAGAUUACCUUAUUAAUAUUUCUAAAUAAAACUAAUUUUUGUAAAUCGUCUCAUAAUUUAGAGCAGCGUUACCCAUGCACGCAUUUAUGCACAGAGUUACCAUGAUCUACAUCUUGCUUGUUUCAGAAUAGUCAGGUUGAUAAAUUCAACUAUUUGUGCUGAAAUUUAUGUAGCACUAAAAGAGAAACAUUUGUUUUAUAAUUUGUGAUGAUUAAAGGAAUUAACCGACUAUGAGUCAUAAAAACGAUAAGAUGCAAAAAUGUAUCGAUGAUUUUUCAGAUAUUGACGAGUGUAAAGGAAAUCACUCUUGUCACAUGAAUGCUAUCUGCACGAACACAAAAGGAUCGUACGUUUGUACUUGUCACCGCGGAUAUACUGAAAAUGGACGCGGCUGCGCAGGUAUUUGAUGCGUUUCUUUUGUAACCAUUUUCGUCAGAAAGAAAAGCACUAUCAUCGUUGUAAAACUUGUUUUGCCAUUAUACCUUGUAUUUAAAAGAGAUGAAUGUAGACCUGAAGACAAUAUUGAUGAUGACACAAUUGUUUUAAAUAAACAUUCAGGGGAAAAAAAUCUCUACUGGUAAAGGAAGACUUGAUGGAUGGGCUCACAGGACAGAACAAUGGAUUAAACUCGCGCAGAAUCAAGAAAAAAUUUAGUGAGCGCUAAAGUGAGGUGCUUGCGUCUAGGACCCAAGAAAGCAAGAUUAAGGUUUCUAAGUUUAUGCUCGGCAACUUCUUCCCGAUUGCAUUUUUUUAAAUUUGUUUUAAAAAUUUUUGAGGAUCAAAGGAAUUAACCUUGAUGCAUUUCUUUUGAAACCAUUUACAUCAGAAAGAAAAGCACUAUCAUAUUUGCGAGGCUUGUUUUACAAGCAUACCUUGUAUUGACCCUUUCACUCCUAAGAUCUCAUUAGUAAUUCUGUUUACAGUCUACCAUACAAUUCUUACGAUGUUAGUUCUAAGAAUUUGGUAUUGAAUCAACUGAUAAUCCUCAAGCUGAUACUUUUUUAUAUUCUCGUCAUUUGUCUGUUUGAUAUUGUAAUGAUUUGGUAAGGAGAAAAUUCUUUUUGGUCAUUAAAGGAAGUUAGGUGGUUAAGUAAACAUUCAGUGUAAGUUAAAAAAUCUCCACUGGUAAAGGGAGACUUGAUAGACAGGCUUACAGGACAGAACAACAGAUUUAAACUUGGGGGAACCGAGAAAAAAAUCUGGUGAGUGGUUGUGUGAAGCACUUGCGUCUGGAACCACAAGACAACAAGACUAGGGUUUCUUACGUUAUGCUCGGCAACUUUUUUUUAAUUACAGUUCGUUUCUUUAGUUAUGUUUACGAUUUUACAGAUAUCAACGAGUGCAAAGGAAAUCACUCUUGUCACGUGAAUGCUACAUGCAUGAACACCCUUGGAUCACAUGCCUGUCAAUGUCAUGCUGGAUAUACUGGAAAUGGACAAAACUGCUCAGGUGAAUUUAAUUUUCCGCUACAAUAUUUUUAAUAGUCCUGUAUGCCUUCCGGCUACAGCGCCGCACCAUUUAGCCGCGUUGCAAGACAAUUAGGUAAUUAAUUACUCAUUACUGGUUUUGAUUUAGGCAGCCAUUUCUAAUGUCAAGAUCCUCUUAGGUAAUGUCCCUGACUUUUAAAUGAACAAUUUUGGUGACUGAGGCGUUGUUCUCCUUUAAAAUUAACCUUAUCACAAUGACUGACAGGAGCAUGAAAAUAAAAUCGCUCGUUUGGCUCUGAACCCUGUGCACAGGAUGGAUAUGUAAAUGAUUUUCCAAGACGCUACGUUUUCGUUGACACUCAAGAUAUAUUUGAGUGAAAAAGUUGAAAAUUAUUAUCAUCAGGUUUUAUAAAAUAGUCAAGAUACUACGAGCGCCCUGAUUGGUUAAAAAACAAUCGUUGAUUGCACCGGUAAACCUGUGGAAAUUGAAGUUUAUAUAUGUUAUUUAAGUAACAGACCGCACUUUCGAUCGGUUUACCAGCGUAGAAAACAUCUUCAGUUGUUGGGAAACCAUUCGAAAAAAAAGUAGAUCAAUCGUCUCCAGCUCGUUCUCACAAAAUCCAGCGUGGAUUAGAUCGCCAGUAAACUGAGAGAAAGAGCGAUAAAUAAAGGUUCUACAAGAACUGCGGCGCUGCGUCAAUGGUACGUUUUGUGGGAGCAGCAGGAACAAGCCAGUUGUUUCAGAGCCGAUAGCUUGAUAAACUGAAAUAUUCGUGAUAAAAUAUACGUUUCAAAUAUCUAAUUCGUAGAACACAAAAAAGAGAAAAACUGUUUUAUUAUGUAUGAUUAUCAAAGUAAUCACUCGACUGAGAGUCCGCUCAUUUUUAAAGUGACAAACAUAAUGAAGUGCAAAUAUAUAUGUGGUUUCUCAGAUAUUGACGAAUGUAAAGGAAAUCACUCUUGUCACGUGAAUGCUACCUGCACGAACAUCAACGGAUCCUAUCUUUGUGAAUGCCACCCUGGAUUUAAUGGAAAUGGUCAAAGCUGCACAGGUGAAUUUAAUCUCUUUGUAAUAAUAUUAAGAAUAUUCCUGCUCGAAUAUAACCUGAAGCUACUGAGGUGGCCAUAUUAUUAGUUUGUCAUAUAUAAACGAUACUGGUUGUGCCCUAAGUCUGCCUAGGGCUGUCCUUUAAUGCAUUGUCUGAAAAAGAAGGAGCUCAAAUUCGGAUCCUGCUGAGUUCAUCUGGAUCUUCAAUAUCACUGUUUUAGCCUCAAAGCCUUAAAGUAGUUAAAGACAUGCCGAAUUACAAUAUUUAAUUCUUCUUCGCCUAAAAACACUGUAGGUACAUUUAAGGUAUCUUCAAUCGAGUAGGUGAAUAACAGACUAGUAAUAACUUGCACGCUAUACCUGUGGAUCCAUAUCAUUAAAUAAAGCAAUUUCAGCAGGAACUAUUGUUCUACUAGUGCUAAGUUUUAUUUUUUAAGCAGCAUUACCCAUACAUGUUUAUGCUCGGAGUUGCCAUGAUCUACAUCCGGUUUGUUUCAGAGCCAUCAUAUUCGGAGAUGUAAAAAAAAACAUUGGAGAAGAGAAUAUAAUAUCUAGGUUGCACGUUUCAAAAAUCUAGUUCGUUAAAGAGAAAAAAAGGAAAACUUUUUUUCUUAUUAUUUGUAAUGGUCAAAGUAAUUACAAAUCGUUAGGUGACAAAAUUAAAGUGCAAAAUGCAUUUACGGUUUCUCAGAUAUUGACGAGUGUAAAGGAAAUCAUUCCUGUCACGUGAAUGCUACAUGCAUGAACACCCUUGGAUCACAUGUGUGUCAAUGUCAUGCUGGAUAUACUGGAAAUGGACAAAACUGUACAGGUGAAUUUAAUUUCUUUGCUACAAUAUUUUAAGAUACGUUCGGCUACAGCGCCUCACCAUUCAGCCGCUCACGUUGCAAGAAAAUUCGAUAAUUGAUCACUCAUACCUCGUUUUAAUUCAAGCAGCCAUUUCUCAUGUUAAGGACCUCUUAAAUAAAGUUCCUGACUUUUGAAUCAACAAUUAUGGUUACUGAUGCAUUGAUAUUCUGCUUUUAAAUUAACUAUAUGUCAAUAAUUGACAAAAGCAUGAGAAUGAAAUCGCUCGUUUGGCUUUGUGUACAAGAUGGAGAUGUAAGUGAUUUAACAUGGCGCUACGUUUUCGUCGACGCUUAAGAUAUAUUUUAGAGGAGAAGUUUAAAUUUUGUUAUCAUCAAGUUUUAUUAAAAUAGUCAAGACACUAAAACCUAUCGUUGAUUGCACCGGUAACCCACGGAAAAUUGAAGUUUAUGUUGUUUUCUCUCAGACGUUGACGAAUGCAGCAAGGCGCAUGCCGUCAAAAUGAACGGAUGCCAUCCAAAUUCAUCUUGCACUAAUACCCAGGGCUCAUACAACUGUUCUUGCAAACUUAAGUAUAUUGGAGAUGGUUUUGCAUGUAAAGGUUAGUUUGGUUUUUCAUGAAGGCGAUGAAAUCUAUAUUUUGUUUCCCACGUUAAACGUAGCAGUAAAUUGGCUUAGAGCUGACUUUCAUUCGAAAUUCACAUCCAGGAGGCAUAAUUUUACGCUCCCUUGUGCACAAAAACGAAACAACUUUUGAUUAUACAUGACUAUAACUAUAUGAAAAUCAUGCAUGUGCACUGCGGUUGAAGAAACGAAUAUAGAGGCAAUCCUCGCAGUUAUGAAUACCACUGAACUAGUAGUGAAAAUAAGGCCUGAAAAAAAAUUCAGGUCCGUAGGGGAUUUCAACUCAUGACCUCUACGAUACCGGUGCAACGCUCUACCAACUGAGCUAACAGGCUAACUGGGAGCUGCUAGUUACAAAUAAACCAUCUAAUUGGUGAAUACAUUAAUGUAAACAUAUGAAAAUCAUAUAUGUGCACUGCUACUGCCAGUAUAGUAGUGUUCAAAACUGCGAAGAUCGCUUCAAUGUUUGAAACUUUUGAUUAUGUUUUUAAAACCUUACACGAACUUUUACAUGAUGCAGACAUGACACACUACGUGGAACUAAAAAACUGUUAAGAAACUCUAACCUUAAAAGAUUCCCCUAUAAUAACAGUUAUGAUCAAUCAAACUCAUUUGACUUUUGCAAGCCAAUUUGCGCUAUGGUUAUAAAUAGCUAGAUGAUGCCAAUAGGCAGAGUUCUUACACAGUCAUGGGAAAUAAUUGUGUUAUUACCAAAUAUCUCUGGGCUGGUAUCGUUGUGUGGGAGGUGAGGAUCAAAAAUGUCUUAAGCGCAUUUGGUAGCAUACAGUAGAGGUACAAACAACUUCAGGCUUUGAUAGGCGAUUAAAGUAGGAGGAAAGAUAAUUCUUUACAAUACUAUCAUUUCAUUUUAGUUCUUUUGUGCAUCAUUAUUAUCCAACGUAAAAUUCUCUUUAAAAUUAAUUUAAUGCAUAUUUGUUCUUGUGACACGCAAGUCCUAUCCGAUUAUUAUCGAACUGAUUGACUUGAAAAAUGUCAAAAACAGAAAAAUGAUAUCAUUAGUACUGCAACAUUUUGUAAUAUUUAUUUAUUUUAAUAGCCGACCCAUGUUAUUAACAUCAAAACCUGACUGAUGCCGAUAGAAAGAACAGUUACGCUACACCGGGAUUUGACAUGUACUACUUAGCCCCUUAAUUAAUGUAAAGUCACUUGUCUUCUUAAGUACAAGUUUCACCACUGAUUGACAAGCUUCUAGAAUUAUAGGACGUUAGAAAACAUCUUGAACCAUUGAUGUUAAUAACCUAAGUCCUGUGCAAUUAUUUCACUUUGUAGCCGAUCCUUGCUAUCAUUAUAAAAACCUGAGUGAAGCCAGUAGAAAGAUAAGUUACAGUACACGUUACGGUUUAGCGUUGUGUGACAACCAACUCCCUAAGGAAUGGUAUCGUUUUGUGGGAGCUGCAGGAACAAAAAUGCCAACAACACGUGUGUCAGCAUACAGUUGUGGUACAGUCUGGUCAGGCUGGCUGAUGACUGCUCAUCCUACAGUGGAAGAUGGUGAAGUUCAAAGGACGGUCUGCUUUAGUGAUCGCUCUACUGGUUGCAAACACUUAACACAUAUUUUUGUAAAAAACUGUGGGUCCUACUUUAUCUACAGACUUAAUACGCCACCUGGUUGUAGCUCGCGCUACUGUAGUGCAGACUGAAUGUGAAGUAAAUAUACUUCGCGUAGUAAGAGGAUUCACAAAUCGCUCUGUAGGUACAUGUGUAUAAGGUUUUGACAUGUGACGUAUUCAACCUUUCUUCUCUAUCGUCAACAUUAUCAGCAGAUUUUAACUUUGGUGGCAAACAGGUAUUUAUUUCAUUAGAAUGGUAAUUCUCAUCAGAUAACCUCUGUCAUCGAAGGCAGUUGAAGGAUCUUCAAAGUAAUCUUCAAGUAAAAUCUGCAAGACACAAACUUUCAAGCUGAUGGUUUUCGAGCAUUUCAUUUA